AAAAUAAACCGUGAACUUGUGUGCCGUCGUUACCAACGUGCGGUUGCAGCUUUGGCAAGCGUCGGUUUUUGAAAAAGCCUCGUGAAAGAAUGGAUCGCUGAGGAGGUUCGCUCGCCUUAGAGCAAAGUUACAGCGUAUUCCACUUUACCGGUUAAAGUGAUCCGGGUUGUCUCGCUUUCUUUCGUACGCGUUCAGCGACCGAGCUCCAUGGCAAAAGCUGCGAUGGUGACGAAACUUCGGCGCGUCACAAAGAAAGACCCCGAUCCUAAUCCCCUCUUCACGAAAUGGCUUCAGGAGUGGAAGGAGGCCGCCGUCGCCAGCAACAGCAAGCUCCAGCACGUCUACGGCAAGGCACUAAAAUCACUCAAGAAAUACCCCCUGGUGCUGAAGAGCGGCAAAGAGGCGAAGAUUUUGGAGUACUUUGGUGACAAGCUAUGCAAUAUGCUCGACAAAAAGCUGGAAGAGCAUCGACAAGAGAACCCCGGCUGGUGUCCAGCCUCUGACUCGGCGCCACUGCUGUUGGACCUGUCGGACAACGGUGACGAUUCGCAUGCGUCGGCUAGCCAGGACGACGCGAGCGGCGCAACAACCUCCUGUGGCGGAGAACGGGCCCCUGCGGGCAAGACGAAACGCAAGAAAGCCGGCGACGCUGGCCCACCCGCCAAGAAGAGGGGGCCGCGGCAGUACAUUCCGCUGCCGCGGAGCGGGGCGCACGCAAUACUCUUUAUCCUGGUCCAGAGAAGGCUGCAGCUCAAGGCUACCUGGACAGGGGCAAGCAGCCACGACUGGAUGAGCAAGUCCGACCUCAUUGUCGCAGCACAGCCUCUCUGCGAUGCAUCCUUCACACAGCCCCUGCCAGACACCCACUACACGGCUUGGAGCUGCAUGGCAACUCUGAUCAAGAAAGGACUCGUAAUCAAGCAAGGUUGUCCAGCAAGGUUCAGCCUCACUGACGAGGGCGAAGAGCUGGCCUGCCGGCUGAUAGCCCCAGGUACACCACCCGGCUCGGCAUCGCAGGCCCUGAACGGCGAUGGAGUGUUCACGUCGUCUUUGUCAGAUGAGGAUGCGUCAAAUGGCUUCCCUGUUGUAACGUUACCCCCGCCUCCACCUCUGGAUUCCCUACGCAUUGUUCUGCUCGUCGACUGCAGUGAAACCACGGCUGUUUCGCAGGAGCGGUUCUUGCGUGAACUGCAGGCAUUGGACAUCCCUCACGAAGUUCGGAGACUCAAUGUGGGGGACUUUGCUUGGGUGUGCCGGUCGGAGGGGGGUGUACACGGACGGCGCGAGUGGGUACUCGGACCCCUGGUGGAAAGGAAGCGAACCGACGACCUGGCAAAGAGUAUCAUGGAUGGCCGCUUCCACGAGCAGAAGGUGCGACUCGUGGCAUCCGGUAUCAAGCCUCUGGUCUACCUCAUCGAGGAAACGGGCGGGAAGUCCACUUCCUGCAUCUCCGACGCCGCCUUGGAGCAGGGCAUUCUCAACACGCAGGUGUCGGACGGUUUCCUGAUCAAGUGGACGCGCGACCCCAGAGACACAGCCUGCUUCCUGGGCAUCACGACGUGCCACCUGCAGACCAAGAAGGCCUCGGCCACAUCGUCGGUCGAGUUCCUCGAAGGGAAGCCCACCUGGGAGGACUUCAAUGCCGGGGGUGUAAAGAGCCGAGGCCUUCAAGUACGUGAGAUGCUGGCCCUAAAUCUCCUUCAAGUCAAGGGUCUGUCUCUCGACAGGGUGAUGCCACUUGUGGAAAAGUACCCAACACCUAUAAGGUUGUUUGAAGCAUUCGAGAGAGCUGCCUCCGACCCUCGUGGCAAUACAGCAUUCCUGAAAGACUGUGGGAUCACUGGCAAAGCCUUGCAUGAGAAGCUAUUGGCAUUGUACGGAAGUGUUCAGCCAUUGCAAUGAAGGAAGGACUGUAUCACAGUGGUCACUGAAAGAAAAUGUAGAGAAGAUUAUAUAUAUUUAUAUGUCAUGAGACUAGUGAUGGCUCCUAACUGCCCCUUCUUCCAUCAUCAGCACAAGCACGUCAGCAUCAAAUUGACAACUGAGCAGAAUUCUUGUCUCAAUUCUGUCCCCUGCACUGUGUUGUCGUUGGUCAUUUUCGAGAGAAAUGCCCAAAAUAAAAGUUUUUGUUCGCUGAA